UAAAAGGAAAGAAGGUUCGUGGUUCCUAUCCCUUCCUUUCUGCAGAAUCAGAUAAACCAAAUUGCAAGUCACUCAUGAAUCAUAUUACCCUCUCUCUUCACUAUUGACUAUUGACUUCUCCAACCGAUCCAUUCUUCUCUCAAUUUUUCGCUUUCCACAGAUGGCAAGUGGGUUUGGGGAAUCAGCAGGCAGGUCACCCCCAAGCCCUUCCUACUUCAGCAACAAUAAUAACAAUGAUGCUGCCAAUUUUGAAUGCAACAUUUGCUUUGAAUUAGCGCAAGACCCCAUAAUUACUUUGUGUGGUCAUCUUUUCUGCUGGCCUUGUCUUUACAAAUGGCUUCACCUUCACUCGCAGUCGCGAGAAUGCCCUGUGUGCAAGGCUCUUGUGGAGGAGGAGAAGCUGGUUCCCUUGUAUGGGAGAGGAAAGACUUCGACUGAUCCAAGAUCAAAAUCUAUUCCAGGUGUUAAUAUCCCGCACCGUCCGGCUGGUCAGAGGCCUGAAACUGCUCCUCCACCCGAAACAAAUCAUUUUCAUCAACAUGGAUUUGGAUUUAUGGGUGGCUUGGGAGGUGGAUUUGCACCACCCCCGGUGGCAACCACAAGAUUUGGGAAUUUCGCAUUGUCUGCGGCUUUUGGUGGUUUUAUUCCGUCCUUGUUCAACUUUCAGUUGCAUGGUUUUCAUGAUGGGGCCAUGUAUGGGGGAGCAGCUGGUUUCCCACAUGGAUUUUCUCAUUCAUUUCAUGGUGUUCAUGCUCAUGGAUAUCCCCUGCGCACACAUCAAGGGCAACAAGAUUAUUAUCUGAAGAGGCUGCUUUUAUUUAUUGUUGUCUGUGUUCUUCUUGCUUUUGUUUGGCAAUAGAUUGGGUACAAUCUAAGACAGCUAGCAGAAUCAGACUUCUUCUCUGAUAGAUUUUCUGGUGCGCUCUUUAUUUUUUAACUAAGGAGUAAGGAUAUUUGUUCAUAUAAUAAUAUUGUCUUAUUACUCUUAUAGGCACUUGAUUUGCACAGUAUCCAUGUGCGAAAAUUCAUAUAUGAAGGAUGGGAAGCACCAAACCCAUAGAUAUAAAUUUAAUGGUUGUUAUACAGAGUUUGAGACUACUAUAUAGCUGAACUAGUGAAGUUAUGCUCUUGCAUUUUUUUU